AUAUUUGUUUGAGAUAAAGUUGUGGUUCCGAGGAACAGUAUGUUUUAUAGCAUGAUUCAACCUCUCAUUUUUAAUCUAGUGUCUUGAUCCACGUGAAAAUUUGGAGUUAAUUUUAUAUUCCUUCACCGAAAAUAAAAAAAAAUUUAUAAAGCCCCAAGUGAUUAUUUCAUUUAUAAAUAUUCAAUAAAUAGAUCAAAGAAAUAAAUAAGUAAAUGAACAUAAUGAGGAAAGGUUCAGAGGCAGCCAGACUAGAAAAUAGCAUUGGUACAAUAAAGUACGUAAUUUUUUGUUUAAGCGCCAUUCUAUGGUUACUUGGUGCAUGUAUGUUUGGAUUUUCAAUUUGGCUAAGACUUGAACCAGGUUUUCAAGAAUGGGUUGCAUGGCUUGAAAUAGAAAAAUUUUACGUUGGGAUAUAUAUCCUCAUGUUUGCAGCAAUGUUUGUGAUGAUUAUUGCAUUUGUUGGUUGUGCUGCUGCACUAAUGGAACAUGUUACGGCUUUAUACAUUCAUAUCGGACUUCAAGGAUUCUGUUUUCUUCUGGGUAUUAUUGGAUCAGCUAUUCUCUUAGAUUUUUCGACUUAUGACAGUCAAAUUCAACCGAUUGUUCGUAGAUCGAUGUACGCGCUUAUUUCAAAUUCAUAUCAAGAUCAGCCUGCGUAUAUUCUUCGAAUGGUGCAGGAAAACAUUGGUUGUUGUGGAGCUGAUGGACCAAUGGACUAUUUAGAUUUUAUGAAACCUUUGCCAACUGAAUGUCGUGAUACUGUAACUGGAAAUGCAUUUUUUCAUGGUUGCGUCGAAGAGUUGACAUGGUUUCUUGAAGGAAGAGCCAGCUGGCUUGCUGGACUUGCUUUAUCUCUUUGCAUGUUACAUGUGAUCCAGGCAGUCCUGUCACUAACUCUUAUUCAAGCAAAACAAAAAGAAAACGAAGCUGCGAUAUUUAAACGUUAGAUAUUUACCAAGAGUUCACCUAUAAAAAUUCACCUACAGAAAACUUUAAGAAACUUUUUUUUAUACUA